AUGUUUUGGCGAAUGGCUGGCUUGUCCACCGCGUCUCCGGUGGAGACCAUUUUGGAUAGGGAGAAUUUCACUUUGGAUGAACUACUUGAUGAGGAUGAAAUUAUUCAAGAAUGCAAGGCUCUUAAUAGCCGCCUUAUAAAUUUUUUGUCAGGCAAAUCACGAGUUGAACAAUUGGUACGAUAUAUUGUUGAAGAGGCUUCUGAGGAUGCUGAAAAGAAGCGGACUUUUAAGUUUCCUUUUAUUGCUUGCGAGAUAUUUACAUGUGAAGUUGAUAGCAUACUCAAAACUCUUGUAGAAGAUGAGGAAUUGAUGAAUUUGUUAUUCUCCUUUUUGGAGCCAAAUCACUCCCAUUGUAACCUACUAGCUGGAUAUUUUAGCAAGGUAGUUGUAUGCCUGUUGUUACGCAAGACAGUUCCUUUCAUGCAAUAUGUUCAAGCUCACCAGGAAAUUGUGAAGAAACUAGUUGAGUUGAUUGGGAUUACAUCUAUCAUGGAGGUUUUGAUUCGCUUGAUUGGCGCAGAUGAGCAUAUGUAUGUAAAUCACGUGGAUGCGAUGAAGUGGAUUGAAGACACUGAUGUACUCGAGAUGAUUGUGGACAAGUUCAGUUCUUCAGAUUCUCCAGAAGUGCAUACUAAUACAGCAGAAACACUCUGUGCCAUUACACGGUUUGCUCCAGCGGGGCUCUCUGCCAAAAUUUCCAGCCCAAGCUUUAUAGGAAGAUUAUUCUGUCACGCUCUAGAAGUUUCUCGGCCAAAAUCCGUUCUUGUUAACUCGUUAUCUAUAUGCAUAUCUUUGCUUGACCCGAGGAGAAUUUCUUUCGGAGCUUAUCAUUCCUAUAACCGUCAAUUGACUAACGAAUCCACUGUAACUGCAAAUCCCAAGAUUGUUGAAGGCAUGCUAGAAAGCUUAGGUGAUCUACUCAAGCUUUUAGACGUUUCUUCCGCUGAAAAUCUUUUGCCAACCACUUAUGGCAAGUUACAACCACCUCUUGGAAAACAUCGUUUGAAGAUUGUAGAGUUUAUAUCAGUCUUAUUAACUGUUGGUAGCGAAGCUGCUGAGGAGAAAUUGAUUGAUUUUGGAGCACUACAGAGAAUUAUUAACUUGUUCUUCGAGUAUCCUUACAAUAACUUUCUGCAUCACCACGUGGAAAACAUUAUAAUAUCAUGCUUGGAGAGCAAGAGAUCUUCUCUUCAGGAACAUAUUCUCCGUGAUUGUGAUUUUGUUGGGAAAAUUAUUCGAGCAGAAAAGCAUUUAACAUUAGAAGCUGGUACAAACAAGCCGACAUCACCAGCUGAGGAUAAAUUACCACCCAGGAUAGGAAUCAUAGGUCACUUAACCCGUAUAUCUAACAAACUCAUCCAGUUAGGGAAUAACAACAGUGUGGUUCAGGAGCAUCUGCAGGGAAUUAGUGAAUGGACAGAUUGGUACAUGGAUGUUUUAUCAAACCGGAAUGCUGUGGAAAAUGUCUCUCAAUGGGCAUGUGGGAGACCGACGGCAUUGCAUGACAGAAAUAGGGAUAGUGAUGAGGAUGAUUUCCAGGAUCGGGAUUAUGAUGUGGCAGCCUUGGCAAAUAACUUAAGUCAGGCCUUCCGUUAUGACAUUUAUAAUAAUGAUAAUGAUGAAGACAUGGACGAGGUUCACCCUCUUGAACGAGACGAUGAGGAUGUUUAUUUUGAUGAUGAAUCUGCGGAAGUUGUUAUAUCUUCUUUGCGGUUAGGAGAUGACCCUGAAAGUGGGUCUCUCUUCACAAAUUCCAACUGGUUUGCUUUUGAGGAUGAUAGAGAUCAAGUAGCCAAGGAAAGGUCAACUGGCUCUCUUGCUUCUCCGUCACCUAAUGCCGAGGAGGAUGUUAAAAAUGCCAGUGGAGACGUGGCUGCUAGUGAAGAUGAAGACUUGGCUGAUACUGCAACGUCUUCUCCAGAAGCAGAACCUGAACCAGAACUGAAAUUAGAACCUGUUGGAACUGAUAAACCUGUCGAGUGGGUUGAGUGGAGGGAGUCUUUAGAUGCCAGUGACCCUUCUGAGGUUCUUCCCAAUGGAGAACUUGAGUCAGAAUCAGGGAACAAUGAUCUUAAUGCUCCCGACUCUUCAUCUCCGGCAUCCAAUGUUACAUUAACAAAGGAUGAACAGAUUGAUGCUGAACCAUUAGCAUCUCUGGAUGAAAACCUCAGUAUCCCUGAUCCAACUCAAACAGAAAGUGAAAUUCCAACUUUGUCUGCAUCCAGUUCUGAGGAUGGGGCAACAGCUGAAGUUGAAGGAGACAGUAACAAGGACACGACAGAUGACAGUAAAGGUAUUGAACAAAUGAAUAGCUAA